GCCGCUGCUUCCCUCCUCCUCCUCCUCCUGCUGCUGCUCCUCCUCCUCCUCCCCCCUGGGACGUCUAAAGCUUGCUUGCACUUUUUGCCUUUUUCGGAGGCCACGGGUCACCGCUAACCUCCAUCCAUCCAUUUGCCGAUUCACCUACACAGCAGGAACAAACGAGGAGCCCUCCAAGGAUAUGCGCCCCGCCGCUUAUACAUUAACCAAAGACUUGCCUCCAAUCACUCGUGUCUACCUCUUCGAGUUGCGAGGAUGCCUGCGAAUGACCACCAUCCCAACGGCCUGCUCCAGGAGUCAGCCCCUGGACUCCAGCAUGAUGAUAUGGAAAACCAGCAGCAGCAAGUCUGCUGGGAGCGCUUCCUCCUAAAGGACACUCUCAACGUCUUGCUCGUGGAGAGUGAUGCUUCAACCAGGCAGGUUGUCAGUGCCCUGCUUCGUUGCUGCAUGUACCAAGUUAUCUCUGCCAAAAAUGGCCAGCAAGCAUGGGCUUAUCUUGAAGAUAAGGGAAACAACAUAGAUCUUGUUUUGACUGAGGUUUUUAUGCCCGGUGUAUCUGGGAUUUCUCUGCUGAGUAGGAUCAUGAGACACAAUAUUUUCAAGAAUAUUCCAGUGAUUAUGAUGUCUUCGAGUGAUGAUAUGAGUACAGUCUUUAAAUGUCUGUCAAAAGGUGCUGUUGACUUUUUGGUCAAGCCUAUACGUAAGAAUGAACUUAAGAACCUUUGGCAGCAUGUAUGGAGACAACGGUGUCACAGCUCCAGUGGUAGUGGAAGUGAAAGUGGCAUUCAGACCCAGAAGUGUGCCAAAUCAAAAGGUGUCAAUGAAUCCGGUAACAACAGUGGUAGCAACGAUGACGAAGCAGGCAUGGGACUUAAUGCAAGGGAUGACAGUGAUAAUGGCAGUGGCACUCAAGAUUUAAACGAUCUAGUGGGGUUGGGUGGCGUUCAGAGAAUGGAAGUAAAUAUUGGACCUGAAGUGUUAAAACAUGGCUCAGCUGGUUGGGUGGUAGGUUGGUCGUGUACCCAAUCACCUAAGGCACAGAACUCGUGGACUAAGCUUGCUGUGGAGAUCGACAGUCCACAAGCUACGUCUCUGGAUCAGUUAGCCGAUCCACCCAAUAGUACCUGUGCGCAAGUAAUCCACUCAAAGUCAGAGAUAUGUAGCAACAGAUGGCUACCAGAUAAGAGCAACAGAAACUGCAAGAAGCCAAAAAACACUAAUGAUGACUUUAAGGGAAAGGACCUGGAGAUAGGUGGCCCUGAAAAUUUAUAUAUGGGUCACCAAUCUUCCCCAAAUGGGAGAUCCAUCAAAGCAGCAGAUCAUGAAAACAAUUCAAAGGAAUCAAUGAUGGAAAAUUUAGAGGAGCCAACUGUUCGAGCUGCUGACCUAAUUGGUUCAAUGGCCAAAAACAUGGAUACCCCACAGGCAGCAAGAGCUGCAGAAGAUACCCCUAAUUUCUCUUCCAAAGUGCCAGAAGGGAAAGGUAAGAAUAACCAGAAUGAUAAGUAUGUUUUGCCAUCACUUGAGCUGAGUUUGAAGAGGUCGAGAUCAUGUGGAGAUGGUGCCAACAACAAAAAUACAGUCAAAGACGACGAACAACGGAAUUGUGUAUUAAGACGAUCAAAUCUGUCGGCUUUUACAAGGUACCACACAUCUGCGGCUUCCAAUCAAGGUGGGACAGGAUUGGUAGGUAGCUGUUCGCCGCAUGAUAACAGCUCGGAGGCUGUGAAAACGGAUUCUACCUACAACAUGAAGUCAAAUUCAGAUGCUGCCCCGAUAAAACAAGGCUCCAACGGCAGUAGCAAUGACAAUGACAUGGGUUCCACUACAAAGGAUGUUGUGACAAAACCCAUGUUGCCCUCUGCUAUUAAGGCUAAUGGAUACACAUCAGCGUUCCAUCCUGUGCAGCAGUGGAUGGUUCCAGCUAAUGCAACAGCAGGGAAAACGAAGGCUGAUGAAAAUACAGCCAGAAAUCACUGCGUCCAUUUUGAGAAUGGUGGGUCAGGAGCCCUGCAAUGUGGUUCCUCCAACGUAUUUGAUCCCCCACUUGAAGGCCAAGCUACAAAUAACUAUGGUGGUGUGAAAGCCGGGAGCAACUCAGGCAGCAACAAGGGGCAGAACAAUGGGAGUACGGCUGCUGCAAAUGCUGGACUGGCAGAAACGGAGAUACAGGCCAUGGACAAAAGUGGAGUUGGAGGUGGCAAUGGCAAUGGCAAUGGGAGUGGCAGUGGCAGUGGCAAUGACACAUAUGUCAGACGGCUUGCUGCGAACAUGACACCGCGACAAGCACAGCUAAAGAAAUAUAGAGAGAAAAAGAAAGACCGGAACUUUGGGAAGAAGGUGCGGUACCAGAGCAGAAAGAGGCUAGCCGACCAGCGGCCACGGGUUCGUGGACAGUUCGUCAAGCAAGCUGUGCAAAAUCAGGACGGAGCUAGAGAGAGAUGACCGACACCCCCCCCCCCCCUCCCCUGUGGCUGUGCUGCUCUCUGGCUUCAGCUCCCUACUGACUCCGACUCCACCUCUGCUGGCAUGCAUGGUUGCCGCUUUGGACUCAAAACACUUGACAGUUAGACGUGCGGUUGAUGAUUCUUCCUUCUCUCGUGGUGUGGACUGAUAUGGUCAACAACACAGCCUCCUUCCUUUUCAUCAUUGGUUUCUUCACAUCUAGAAUCUACUGCCUGACCGGGAAAGAAUAAACAAGGAACUUCUUCUUCUAUACAUGUGUAUGUAUGUAUGCAUUCCUAAGCAUGUAAUGUAGAAGAAUAAGUGCGUGGCUUGACUCUAGAUGGACUUUAAUUUUAGACAGAGUCUUGCUCGCUCUCCUACAUCAUCUAGUGUAACUAAAGUGUUGUCAUGUAUGGUCUUGGAUCACUGUCUAUCAAUAUAUUAUAUCGUGGCGUUCCUUGAUAAGUC